AUGGGAAGAAGGCAAUGGAGUACUAGUGGACAGACAGACAGACAAAAGAAGAAGAACAACAACAAGAGUCAGUGCUAUUGCCCUAUAAGUGCCAUAAGCAAACACAUAAUAGUGGAGAGGAUGCAUAAGAGCUCCUCAUUAGUACUGAUUCUCUCCAUAUUUCUAAUCCAUUAUCAAAACGUGAAGUGCGGCUCAAAAAGUGAUGACCAAUGGUGGAAUCACUUAGGAUUAGAGACCAAUCAGAAGAGUCAAUGGACAACAAUAGACAACAAAGAUAUUCCCGAUAAUACGGCCCAAAGCUCUAAUCGAUCGGUGAAGCGAAGCAGCGCUGCGUUCAAUGACAACAACACCGACUCUCCCGUCCGGACGCGAUCUCGCAAUUGGGAGAAGAGUUUCGCCCGAAAGCGAGACUUCGACCGGACGUGGAGUGACGGCCAACCGAUUCGCGAGCGUUUCCGCGAGACUGAAUGGGACGACGACGUGCCCGUCCGACACGUCUUCAAAGACAGUACCAGUGCUGUAGACGAGGGCAACACUAGGAUUAGGAUGGGAGACGACGUCAAGAUUGAGAGAAUGUCUCGCGUUUGGACCGGAGAUGACGGCGACGACGACGACGAUAGGGGCACCUCUUUUGUCAGGUCUUCCAAUAGCGGCCGAAACAGCAAUAAUAGUAAUAACAGAAGCAAUACUAACGCCAAUAAUAAGCCCAAAGCUGUGACCAACACUUAUGGCAGUACUGCUACACAACAGCAAAGCCCAAAGUCGGACAGAACUGAUCGCGUCUUGAGUCUUAACUUUCAGGACCCGGACUCGAAGAAGAAGGACAGAGAAAGGUUAGACCGAUUGGCUAAACAGAUAUUCAAUAUGGAUGACGACAAUACGGGAACAACUGUUAGAAGUAACGGCUUUACGGGAACCACAGCUAAAAGUAAUGGAUUUACGGGAACUACAGUUAGAAAUAAUGGCUUCACAACUACUCCGGCCCGAAGUAAUGGCAAUUCUGGCAAUGGAUAUGUAUCUAACGCUGUCAACAGUUUCACUAGAGGUUCGGGCAAUACUUAUGUCUCAAACAAUGCAAAUAACGGUUAUAUGAGAAAUUCUGGCAAUGAAUUCACUAAUAAUAAAAAUAAUGAUAAAACAAAUACUAAUAAAUUGGGCGCCGAUUCGGUUAAACCCACAAAACCUAAAAUGAUUGUAAUGUUUGAGACGACCCCAAAGCCCGUGCCGUCAAAUACCGCCAAAUCCACUGCAAAUGACGUCCGAAAUGUCGCGGAAAAGCCAAAGUCGACGACAACACCGAUCGCACCGUCCGCUCAAUUGAAGUCCCAGUUUGGUUGGCGUUCAUCCAUAAGCCAUAAUAAAGACCAGAAACUACAAACUCAAAACCAAAAAUUACAAGAGAGUAACGAAGAGACCGAUAAUUUUGAGGACAUUGAGGAGGAUAUCGAUGACACGACGACUGCCCGACCGACAAGAGUUCCCGUUACGAGACCGCCAGUGGUUAUCAGAACCACAGUUAGGCCGACAACCACUAGAGCCACAUUCAGACCAACCAUUAGACCCACUGUUGAAUACACUACUUAUAGGAUGACUGACACAACGCGUCCGCAAACCACUACUUCCAUAACAAACAAACCCAACAACAGAGAGACAACAGUCUUGACGACCACUCGUCCCAAACUGAGUCAACCAAAUGCUGUGACAAACAGUUUGGCGCCCAAUAAAAAGCAGCACCGAAUGGGCAGUUGGGUUGACAGCGAUUCCAUGGAUUACGAACUGGGAGACAACGCCGCCGACUGCGGCACCAACUGUCCCAUUGGAGACAACGAAGCCAUCAGUGACUGGGCUGAAGAGCCCAUCGACGACAGGUCUCAGCCAAUAGUGGAGAGCGAAGAGUUCGGUAACGAACAGUUGCCCGAACGAGUCGAAGACGCAGCGGUUCCGGAGGUAGAGUCGCCAAAGUUUGCGCGACAAAGACAAUCGGCGCCCGCGGGAGGAGAGCGAGAGGAUCAGUCGGGAUGGACUCUGGAGGACGCGCUUCCGGGAGUGCCCGGCACUGACUAUCCCACGUUCGCCACGAUUCCCAAAACGGCGUUUGACUGUAAGACUCAUCAAUGGCCGGGUUAUUACGCCGACGUCGAGACCCAGUGUCAAAGUCCUUAA